UCAUGCAUAUUUCAACACUCCAUUCAUUUAUCUUUAUUAGAAAUCAGAAUGAAAUGUGUAGGUUGGGGCGAGGUUCAUUGGACUCAGACAAUACAGUCCGUAGGACCAGGUCAAAAACCGAAAUCAGAAACCAUUCAUAUCAACGGAGAGGAAAGCUAUUUUAAGAGCGUGAUCGCUCUGUAUGGCAAAGCAGUUGACACUGGAGAAUGGCUUCCACAAGGUCGACAUCUCUUCCAUUUCUCUUUCACUCUUCCAUCCACAUUGCCGUCAUCUUACAAUGAUAAAUAUGGAAACAUUGUUUAUGAAGUGUCUGUCGUGUUAGACCUUGAUUAUUGGUCUUCAAAUGAAAUUGUUCGAAAAGAAUUCAAAGUGGUCAGCGACUUGGAUCUCAACAAGUACCCGGCAGCGGAGGAACCAACGGAAAUUCAAAAUUUCAAGUACCUCUGUUGUUGGUGCUGCAAAUCGGGACCCAUCACAGGCAUUCUCAGAAUAUGCAGGACUGGUUACGUUCCCGGAGAUUCCAUACUGUUUGACUUUACCAUAAAAAACCGUUCCCGGCGUGUAUGCGGGGUAUCAGUUCUUUUUAUAAAGGAAACGAUUUACCAUGCCAAAGGUGAGAAGAAAGUGUGUGUUACCGAGAUAGAUAAAUCCAGAUACGAAGACGUGAUGCCCGGGGACACUCAGACGUGGGAUGAGGAAGAAUUCGAGGUCCCCUCUGUUCCCCCGCCAUGUCUAGAGGGGUGUAAAAUAAUCACCAUAGAUCACUACAUAAAGUUGGAGAUAUACCCCUCCAGACCAGCCUUUCAUCUAACCGUUCCAAUGAAGCUAAUCAUCGGAUCCAUCCCCAACUAUGGACCCUAUCACCUUGGUGCAAAAUGAAAGGAAAUGGUUUUGUGUUCCAUUUGAAAUA